AAACGAUUGCGUUACCUACCUAUCUGGACCAACCUGCAAAUUGGUCUCGAAGCUCAUUACGUAUCACUUGAGUAAAGGCAGUGUAUUAUAGCCAAGUCACAUUCAAGUACUCCACGUUUGGUGUUUUUCAAUUUUCAUUAAGUAUCUUUUUCGAUUUGUUUACAUUUCGAACUUGAGAGUGUUUUCUUGUGAAAAAAUUCGAAGAGUGCAGUGUACGAUUUGCAGAUUUUUUUCUUGUGUAAUUUUUUUCGAGUACGCGAAGGUUGCAGUUUGACAUGGAUGCCAUCGAAGAAUACCCCUUCAUUUUUAUGAACACGCCGUCGUCACUGCAGAUCCUGGCGUCAACCGAAGUGGCGUUAAUGUUAUGGCAAUGCAGAUGUGCGGCUUCAGGCGUUUCUAAAGAGAAGUUCGAGGUUUUUUGGUGGGGAAAUCCAUUCUUCAGCUGUGAAAAAAUACUCGUUGCUCGGAUUCCGUCUCGAAUCAGAUCGCAAAUAGAUGAAAAAAUUGUCACUUUUGGCAAAGAACUUCUGGAAUGGAAAGGCGUACACGGUAGCGUUUUUAAAUGCGGAAAAACAUUUUACAAAUGUAUCGAGCAUAUCGUCUUGGAUUCUUUCGGAACAAUUGGUUACAAAGCGACCGCGUUGAAUAUCUUGAAUUCGGGUGAAUUCGCCGACGUAGAAAAUUAUAAAAUGGCAUGUCUGUAUUGUUUAGAAGAUCAAGUCAGACGGUUUUGGCCUUUGAUUACCGAAGAAGAUGUGAAUUUUAAAGAGGAUAAAUGCAAUUUAUCUUACUGGAAUGGCUUUAUGAAAUCAGGAGAAAAUUCGAUCACCGAUAGGCCUACUAAGCCUUUUAUGGUACGAUGGGUAGAGUUGGCGAAUCGAGGCGAGGAUAGAGCAUCGUUUACGUUUGAGCAGUUUUAUCAAAUGUUACCAGAUUAUGAAACGGUAGAACAUCCUGUUAUUUUUGACCUAGAAGAUUGCCAAUGCCGAGCUGCGAUACGUUCAUUACCUACAUUAAACCGAAUCCAAGUUGAAGAAGUAUUCAAAGGGAAGGCUUCCACGAUGUUUGGCUUUUUAGCGAUCGACGACGACGAGCAUUUCCUGCAGUAUGCCCAUCAAUCGUGGACUCUCGUGCGACAUUUGAUUUUGGAAGACGAAUCGAGGUUUUUUUCUGUUCUGCACGUUUUGUGGAAAAUCGCAUUCUGUCCUGAUAAUUCUGUGUGUACGAGUUAUACUCGGUGCCAUGAAAUUAACGAAUUGCUGCUGGAAAUCUGGUCAGAUGCCUCGGACGAAUUAAAAGCUGCCGUUUCCAAUAACCACACGAACGAGUUUUUCGAUCACGAUUUUAACGAAUCUACGUGGUUUUUUCAUUACCAUGGUCACGAUAUGAAAUUUAUGAUAGAUUUGCUGAACACAUCACGAAACGUGGACAAAGUUUCGCUGUGGCAGGAUAAUUGGCGAGGAUUCGCCUUACGUGCGAAGGCUUCGGAUUUCGAACAACUGAUGAGUUCCUGUUUAGCGAAUAACCAACACGAGAUCGAGUAUUACAAAAAUUUAGUUCUGGAUUUUCACGAUCUUCCUAGCAUAUUGAUUAGAAACGGAUUCUAUUCAGAUUUGAGAGAUUACCUGUAUUUUUGUUCGAAAGAUGCGAAACACUUUCAACUGUUGGGAAAAGAACGGCUCGAAUCGUAUCUCUAUACUAUUUUACGACACAAUGAUGAUCUAUUCGCUAAAUUCGAAUGGUUCGUUGGGGAAUUAUUUUCAAACGAGAAAAAGGAUGUGGAUGAAUUCAAAGCGCAGAUUAUUUCGUCUGCUAAAAGUCUCAGAUGCCUGCUCGCAGUCGCAGCACGUUAUGAUUGUGAAAUUUUCAGCACACUCAUUGGCCGAUUUGUUACCCAAGAAGAUGCAUAUUAUAAUCUAGUGAAACGUAAAUUAUUAGAGCAUUGUCGUAGCUACCCGAUGAACUGUUCAGAAAGGGGCAGGAUUGAUUUCUUCGACGAAUGGAUAAAAUUUCUCAAAUGGUGUAUUCCGGACCCUGAAGAACAUUCAGCCUUCAAGAAGUCGUUUAAUAUGGAUGAGAUUUUCUUAAAAUUGUCGAGUGAUAAUGCUACUAGGUGGUCAAGUCCAGAUAGGGUAUUUCUCGACAGAUUUUUAAGAUGGUAUUUUGGAAACGAAGAAGAUAGCAAACAUUUCAAAGUGGAUAUAAUAAAAAAAAAUUACACGCGAAUCGAUUUUGUGCAAACCAAGAUGCUGAGUAACGAUGAUGCUGAUCGUCGUGAGGUGUCUUCUUUGUUGAGAUGGUUCUUCGAUAAUAAUACUGAUGAUUUAUGUAAAUUUUGCGAAAGUUGUAAUUUUAUUCUGCACCCGGAUGUACCAUUAUGAAUAUGAUGUAGGUGACACUCGACAUAAUUAUUCAUUUUUAUGGGUUAAUUAAUACUCGUAGCUACUCUUAUGUACCCACUGUAUAUUUUAUUCGAUUUUUAAUAAACUUAUUCGUACAUGGCUUA